UUAUAAUUUACAGUUUGAAGAGAGCAAUUUCUGGUUUGAUAUUUAUUCUUUUGUGACUUGACGUGAUACAACUCACUUUGACUCUGAAGAUGACUACCGCACAGGUUGUCGAAACGUCAGUCACUGUCAACAACAACAGUCCUAUUCAGGACUACGUUCACCCGGACGAUCAAACUCAACCUACAUUUAUUCUUUUAUUAGUCUUUUAUUAUUCAACAAAAAUAACACUUGGCGUCCUACUUGCUUUAUUAUACAAACGACCGGUUUCAAUAGACCGGCGAAAUUUCUCAUUUUAUUAAAGCACUGAGGUCACGACAACUUCGAGUUAAACUGAUUUCAUGGGUUGUCAAAGAGUCUAGCGAUCGAUUCCCUUUUCCCAGGUGAGCGCCGACUCAUUUCGCUUCAAUAUUCAGAAAUGCUCUCGAUCUCUUUACGCUUCCAUUGCCUUUCGCCCGACAUGUUUUGCACGGCGUUUAGUCAUGCGGAACCUCCACGAAAUAUCCCCGCAGCGCGCGAGGUAACUUUAUCCCGAUUCUAAAAAUAACUCCAGACGAAUUACCUAUGGAACAGGGUGUGUAUGGGGGAUGCCUUCUCUGUCCCCUUUAUCCUCUCUUGGUGAAAUAUAAUCUCGUUUCUUCUCAAUUAUUAUUCAUUCAAAAUAUUUCACCGUUUCUGAUUGUCUCCAGUCCCGCGGCUAAAUCUUCAUAACCAGCAUGCGGUUAGCAUGAAGAUGUAGGCGAUAUCUAAUCGAUGGCAUUAUCGUCCUCGAUCUGCACAAUUGUUCACAUCAUACUCAGCCUCAUUCAAUAAUUGUUAAAUUAUAUACAUGUAUGAACUAAUUGUAACUUAAUAAGCAACCUCGUCCCCAGGGCUUUUCCCUCAAAAAAUGGGUGGAGCGGGAAAAGGCCCUGGCAUCGGCUGGUCACGUGUACAGCCUAAAUAUUCCUGAGAAGCUAAUUUAUAUGCAUAUUUAUAUUUAUAUAAAUCCAAGUUCUUAGCUGAAUGAUUUUGAAAGCGUUAACCUUGAAAAAGUUUGAAUUUGACAAAGGUAGUUGUCUGUUUCAGCCAAUCAGUUGAAUGAACUAAAAACGCGCGCGGUCAAAAUUUGUUGUUGUAGUUAUGUUUUUCGUGUAUAUUAUUAAUAAGUAAUCACAUGAUUUUUCUCGUGCAAUUUGGAAUAAAUAAGCACUUAAUUUGUAAAUUUGUCGAAGACCACAACGUUGAAAAAUUUACUCGUGCUUAUUUAUUCCAAAUUGCUCUCGAAAUCAUGUGAGGGGUCCCACAGGGUUCUAUUUUAGGACCUAAAUUAUUUAACAUAUACAUGAAUGACCCGGCAUACGCAAUUAAACGAUGUAGAAUUGUUAACUGUGUAGAUGAUACAAACAUCCAUUGUUCCAACAAAGAUGUUCGUGCUGUCCAAAACAACCUUAGCAUCGAUCUUGAGAAUGCUACUUCAUGGUUUAUUCAAAAUGGCACGAAACCUAACCCAGAUAAAUAUCAGGCUAUGGUACUUGGCAAAACGGAAGACAAAUUGAACUUUAAAUUAGAUGAUAUUGACAUUAAACCUCAGAAAAGACUUGUCUUCUGGGGGUUGUCCUUGAUAACGAGUUAAAACUUGGCGAUCAUAGUUCAAGUAUUUGUCGCAAAGUAAGCGCUCAGAUAAGUGUUCUGAACAGAUUUAAGAACAUUUUGCCACUUAAAACAAAGGAAUCGCUUUAUCGCGCGUUUAUACUGCCGUAUUUUAACUAUUGUAACCAAGUCUGGCACCACUGCAGAAAAAGAAACACCGCUAAAAUCGAGAAAGUCAACGAAACGGCUCUGAGGUACAUCUUCAAAGGUAAAAGUGCAUCUUAUCAAGAUCUCUUGGAAAGAAUAAGACUCCUAUCCAUGCAAACUCGAAGAAUCCAAGACAUGCUGACAAUAAACAAUAGUAUAUCGGACAAAGUUCCACCCGCAAUUAGAGAUCUUAUCACCUUACGCUCAUCCAAGUAUAAUAUUAGACAUGAUUAUAUCCUUUCAUUGCCUAAAGUUAACACGACUAAAUACGGUCUCAAAUCUUGGAGAUAUUUUGCCGCUGAGAAAUGGAACGAGCUAGCAAAUGACAUCAGAAUUAAAGCAGGCACCAAUGAAGUGAAGAACAAAAUUCAAUUGCUUAAGCUUGACUGAAAUUAGGAUUUAUCGUAACUGCUGCCUGUUUCUUUGUUGUUUUAAUCGAUUCUUAUAUAGCUUUUACAGUUUUCAUAUGAUGAAUUAUUGUAUAUUUUUAGUUUUUAAUUUUAAAUUUUUAGAAUGUAAUUUUUUUUUUUAAUUUCAAAUUUUUAUAAUUUUUUUAUAUUGAGUGCAUUUGGCCUGCGAGCAAGCUUUCCAUUUGGUGGAUAUCCUGAGAAGUAGACGCACGAGAGGAGCCGCGAACGCGGGGGGCGGGGAAGAGAAAGGAGACCUUGCAACGAUCACUCAUACAUUUUCAUUUCCACCCCGGAAAGCCCGGGACACUGCAAAGCGUAAAAACUGUCACCGCAAACGUGCCGCAAAUUAGAAAAGUGACAACUGCCUGUCAAGUUUAGAAAGCCGAGGGCGCGUAGAAUCUAUUUAUUCAUUAAAUCGCUUUCGCAACAGCUUUCCACUGCAUCAAAGCUAAUGUUUUUGACCACUGAUAUUAUUGUUUUUUUAGCCACAGGACAUCGAACUUCAACGUGUCCGCUCAAAUAAGAACUCAAUACUUUGAUUCUCGUUUCUUUUUCAUUUGAAAAGACUAAUCUCCCUGUCGCACUCAACAACAUUACAUAUUUGUCCGUUCCGGAACUGGAGAACAGCGUUUUCCUGGACUUGAUUCUCUUACGUUUUACUCCAGUUGCUUCCUACUCUUUCUAUUAGUCAGGUCUCUUAGUGAAAAAUAUAGGCCGGAUCGUUACAGACGUGGUAAAAGUGUCAAAUUUGGCACAGAGCUUCCAUAGCACCUGCCGAUUAAUUCUGGAGGGGGUGCCCGUUACAAACGGUCCUAAUCACAGAUAAAAGGGGGGGUUAACUUUCACCUGUAAUGGCAGAUUGGGUUCCUUGUGGUGAGAACUUUUCUUGUUUGAUUUGGCUAAAAAAACAUUUGUUUCAAAUUGUUAAGUUUUUAAUUUGGUAAUGUUUAGUUGUUGUUACACUAUUCAAAAUAGUUUUACAUGUACAUAAUACUGACUAGUGCCCAGUCUCCACACGGUAAGUUUGGCCAUGUUCACUGUGCGGCUAUCAGUGUCACUGCUAUUAAAACUUGCCAGUGAUAAUAUCAUUACAUAUCAAUUUAAACAGAUCACAAAGCCAGCUAUCAAAGAUGUCAUACCAUAACAUUAAAAUGUGUCACAUCCUAAACGACAGAAUCGUUAAAUUUUGACAUGCCUCAUAAACGACCUAAUAAACCGUAACUGACAACUCGCCCACUUUGUAAUAUGGUGCAGCUAAGAUUACAUUAUAAUUUGCUUCGUUGGUAAACCUGUCCUUGAGAUAAUGAUUAAAACAUGUCAACGUCAUCCUCAGGGGGAAAAGGAGGAGCAAGAGUGGCACAGUUGGUUAGUGCGCAGCCCUCGGUGCGCGAGGUCCCGAGUUCGAUCCCUGGUGUCAACCCAUCCUUAUUUCAACUUCUCUCCUUUCUGUGUAGCUUUGACUAGCUUUAAAUACCCUUAAAACGGAGCAUUAACGGAGAGAGAGGGGUAAAAGGAGCGCACCGUCGAGGUCAAGUUUAUAAGUUAUUAUUACUGUCACGAGUUAUUGACGUAAAAUAUGGUCGCUUUACCUUUUUAUUAAGCCCUAGGGACGAGGUUGUAAAACAUGCCUCCCCAGGAAUUUUUAACACUCUUAAUUUUUUAAACAUUUGCAUUUAAAAAGCACUCUAUGAGGUCCCUGCGUCCCUAGAUACCUGUAAGGAGCUCUUUCACUUCAGAGCCCUCGCACCAGAGUGUUGAUGGUAGGUCUAUACGAUCUUUCAAAAAAGGGAAGGUUGUCGAGUGUGUUACAAUUUACAAACAAACUAACAUCAGAAGAGCUGAAAGUUUUCAGGAACAAGUCCUCUUUUAGCCAACCAUUGAUGCAUCAUUUAUGAAAAUGAAUGUAAUUUGUUUGAUGCAACUAGGCGAAUACCCCGUGGUUACGAAUUCUUACGAUCAUGAAUUCCUCAAGAGCAAUUCAGUUACCAACGUUUCACAAAAUAAUGUUGUGGAAAAUUACCGAAAAUACCAAAAAAGCAAUUGUCAAUAAUAAUUAUGGCCUGAUCCCUUAUAAUAAUGGAGUGGUCAUGAGCCAUCAGCCCCAACUUUGACCACUCAAACUGAUUUCUGACAGAUUACAUACCGCAAAACUUUGCAUUCACUUAUGCCUAUGUUGCCACACCAGGAGCCUAGAAAUCGGCUCCUAGUCACACCUUGUUUUUAUUGCUGAAUAUCAUUCUAAAGAGCUUUACGAAAUAUUUUGUUAGUAGGGGCAUUUUGAACAUGAUUGAAAUUUAGAUGGUGACAAAAACGAACACAAAAAAGUCUCAAACGAGACGCAUGAAACAACCGCAAUCUAAUAUUCGUGUUACACCGAUAUAAUGGCUCCUUUGGCUGUUAUGCUGACGGUUUUGAAGAUGAAAGUAGUAUCACAGCUAGUCCAGGGUUAGGUAUACCGUUUAUUACCAGUUUCAUGGUUCCUGAGACUUAGGGCCUGUUAACAUAAAGGUGGGGCACCCCAGGUAGGUGAGGUAACCUGCUUAGGCGGGGUAAAAAAAUAACCCUCCUUUACAUGCAAUCUUACAAUUCCGCCAUCUUGGGGCGCACUUUCUCAAGAUUAUUGAAUGGUCGCUAAGCACGUAAACAAGAAAAAUGCUGGCAAACCACGUCUACGCUCACUUGCUGCUCUUGCUGCAGCCUUCAGUGUUGUGGCUUUCUAUUGUUACCUUUAAUAAUUGUGUGAAGCCACGCGGCGCCAAAAGUAAAUUUUACGCCAAUUUGAUGUAUCCCUAACCCCACCCCGACUAUCCUGGG